GUAGCUGAAAUAUCAUACGGCUCAUAGGCAUAUAUCAUGUUGAAGAGAUUAGUACCUACAACCACCCGUUUCGUGCGGUGGAACUCGACCGCCAUCAAACCCAAGACGGGGGUGGUCUUCAUGAAUAUGGGGGGACCUUCCACCGUGAAGGAGACCCAUCAGUUUUUGUUCAGACUUUUCUCUGAUGCAGAUUUGAUUCCGUUAGGUCCUUUCCAAAAUAUUGCUGCUAAAUUCAUUGCAAGACGGAGAACACCAACCAUCGAGAAGCACUAUGAGGAAAUCGGUGGUGGAUCACCUAUUCGUUACUGGUCUGAGUACCAAUCAAAAAGAGUAUGUGAAAUUUUGGAUAAAACCAGCCCAGAGACUGCUCCGCACAAACCUUAUGUUGCAUUUAGGUAUGCUGACCCUUUAACUGAAGAAACUUUGGUCAAAAUGAAGAAGGAUGGUAUAACUCGAGCAGUGGCAUUCUCCCAGUAUCCCCAAUACUCCUGUUCAACAACUGGUUCAUCUAUGAAUGUGUUGUACAAUGCAACUUUAGAGUUGGAUCCCGAACGGUCAAUUGAAUGGUCAUUUAUUGAUAGAUGGCCAAAGUUGGACGGAUUCCUUGAAGCAUUUAAAGAACAUAUUGAACAAAAGAUCAACGAGUUUCCAGAAGAGAAUAGAAAGAACGUCGUCGUUAUCUUCUCGGCUCAUUCCCUCCCAAUGCAAAUUGUAAACAGGGGUGAUUCUUAUCCUGCCGAAGUAGCUGCCACUGUUUAUGCGAUUAUGGAGAAAUUGAAGUUCAAGUAUCCUUACAGAUUGGUAUGGCAGUCCAAGGUUGGGCCCAAACCAUGGCUUGGUGCCCAAACUGCCAAAAUUGUUGGGAAAUUAGAAAGAGACGAAGCUAUUGACGGAAUCGUUCUUGUUCCUGUUGCGUUUACUUCGGACCAUAUUGAGACCUUACAUGAACUUGAUAUUGAGUUAAUGGAUGACUUAGUUUAUCCUGAAAAGGUGAAGAGAGCUGAAUCCAUGAAUGGUAAUGAAACUUUCAUCACAGGGCUUGCUCAAUUAGUCAAAGAUCAUUUGGCCUCGGGUGAGUAUCACUCCAGACAGUUGGAACUCGACACCAUUUUGGGAAGAGAGUUUUCAGCCAACUCCUUGCACCAUCCACAAGAGAUCUUUGGCCCCGCCAAAAACGAAAAGUAGACAACAUUCAUAUGGUGUUUUUAAAAUAUGGUUCGUAAUAUUGUACAUAGCUAAUCGGAAUCAUCCUCAUCAUCGGGAUCAAAAAGGUCUAAGUUAAGUGUUGGAGCUGCGGCUGCGAUUGUUGCGUCCAGCAGUUUAUUGUGAUUUGCACCUUUUGGUGCUGGUUUUUUGAAAGUAUCUUCAUUUCCAGCAGUCUCUAUAUCCUCCAUCUCUUCCGUUGGAACAUUAUCAUUACCUUUAAUACCUAACUCUUUCUGUAU